AUGACCCUAUACUCGAGUACUGAAAGCCAUCCAGACGGAACUCCCUCGAGCGCUGCUCGAGACGCAAGCCGUUUGGAGCACUCACCGGCUCCUUCCAACGACCACAGUUUACGGACCUCAUUCUCAACAUUAGACAUAUCCAGAACUUCUCUCGACGAGUCAAGGUCAUGGAAAAACAGUGAACAGACGCUCGAGGUAUUCGCAAAAGCAGACGACAUGGACGAAAAAGCGCCAGUAGCUGAAGAUGGGCGGUUUCCACCACUCUCAGCAACUACUUCUCCAAUAGCAAUCGCUGUUGCUCCCUUUCCUCCAUCGUUCAGCAAUGACGUUGAGAAACAGCCACAUGUAAACAACCACGGUGAAGCUUCACCGACUCAGGCACCACGUCCGCGAUCGUCUUCCUCUGCAUCAUCAGUGUCAACUUUGCACGAGCUUCCGAGUAACCUGACCACCGCUAGCAGAGUUUCGACUGAUGCAUAUGGCAACACCUAUCCUGAGGGUGGCAAGGAAGCAUGGCUUUGUGUACUGGGUUCAUUCUGUGGACUUAUGUCAGCCCUCGGGAUGAUGAACACUCUUGGUACAUAUCAGACAUACCUUUCCACGCAUCAGCUGGAGGGACACACUGAGCAAGAGAUCGGAUGGAUCUUUGGCAUCUAUGCCUUUCUGUCCUUCUUCCUGGGUAUUCAGAUUGGACCAUUGUUUGAUGCCAAAGGUCCCCGAUAUCUCGUUCUAUCAGGUUCAAUUCUCCUUCUGGCCACCUACUUCCUCCUUGGCCUUUGCCACAAGUAUUACCAGUUCUUGAUCGUCAUUGGCGUGAUGGGCGGGACCGGGACAAGCUUGGUCUUUACCCCUGCGGUUGCUGCCAUCGGUCAUUUCUUCCUACGAAAACGAGGUCAAACCACCGGUCUCGCCGCUGCUGGUGGCUCUCUUGGAGGUGUUGUAUUUCCGUUGACUCUGCAGUCACUGUUCCGCAGCAUCGGUUUCGCAUGGGCAACUCGAGUGGUCGGUUUCAUCACCUUGUUGCUCCUGAUUGUCGCCAAUCUGUUCAUUAAAUCUCGGUUGCCGCCCCGCCCAGCAACGAAGGAAAACAUCAUGCCAGACUUUCGCAUUUUCCGAGAUCCAGUAUUCGCAUUGACCACGGCAGGUGUGUUUUUCGUGGAAUGGGGUCUUUUUCUUCCUCUCACUUACAUUGCGUCCUAUGCCAUUUCUCACGGCAUCGAUUCGAACCUUGCAUACAGUCUCAUUGCAGUGCUGAACGCUGGUAGCUGUUUUGGUCGUUAUCUUCCCGGCUUUCUUGCCGACAAAAUCGGCCGCUUCAACUGCAUGAUCCUGACAAUAUUCCUCUGCAUGGUCUCCUCGGCUGCAUUCUGGCUCCCGGCAAAUGGUUCUCUGGCCUUGAUUGUCAUUUAUUGUUUGGUGUUUGGAUUCGCCUCUGGUUCUGGAAUCAGCUUGACUCCGGUUUGUGUGGGUCAAUUAUGCAAGGUCGAGCAUUAUGGGCGGUACUAUGCGACUUGUUACACCGUCGUAAGCUUCAGUUGCCUGACAGGUAUUCCCAUUGCUGGUCAGUUGGUGACCACGACCGGGGGCAAAUACUGGGGUCUGAUUGCCUUUACGGUUGCGAGCUAUGCUGCGAGCACGAUUAUGUUCGUUGCUGCUCGCGUCGUUGGGGCUGGGUGGAAAUUGAAGGUCGCAUAUUGA